ACUUCACAGCUUCCGUUAAACGAGUGAAGAAAAUCCCUUUUUCUGUCUCGAGGCAGCUCGUGUGACGUGUAUGCCGCUGCGAACCGACAAUCUGAUUGUCGGCUUCGUCGUAGAAGGAUAAGAGUUCCCCGAGUCAAGUCUUCAGGAGGGUUUACUGCCGAAACAAUUACAACAAUGAGAAGUGCCCUCCAGCCUGGCUACCGGUACGGAAUGUUCCUGAAUAUCUGGAUCUUUCGACUGGAAGCGUUUUUUUGCCCAGGAUAAGACUUUUUGGCGAGGCGGUCUGCGCAGCAAGUCGUCACUCGAGCGCGGUUUUCUAUUCAUUGGGGUGUGACCGCUUAUCACUGUCCCAGGUAUUCUUGUUCGUGUACAGCGGAUUCUUUUGUGUAUACAGGUGCUUCGCUGAAGAACAGUGUCUUCAGAGAUGUUUCAGUGGGCGCCGUUUCCCCCCCGUUUCCAAUCUCUCUCACCAUUCGUCAGUUCGUCUUACUGGUCCAGAACUGCCCCUCCGACUUUGCUAAGUUUGGCCUCUCUCCCGUGGGCUGUCCCUUGCGUAGGGAGCAGGUUUUUUUACUCUUAUCAUUUGCAGGAGGGGCCACAACAACGUAGCCGGUCGCCAUGUGGACGCGGGGCCUGUGCGGGCAUCCCACAAGAAGGUGGGACGGCUUUGGAGGCCAAAGCUGGCAAGCGCUUUGCGACAGAGACUUCGGCAUUUGACGCAGGAAGACGGAGAAAUGCCUCUUUUUGGACCUGCUUGCAGACCCCUGCCCAUAUCGUAGAGAACUCGGAACAUGGAGUUGACUCGGCUACGCAGGGGAAAUCAGCAGUCAGAGCGGCGGAUUCUUGGAAACCCGGUGUACGCGCAAGGCGCAGACGAUGUCGCGAUUCUAAGAACCGUUCUGCUUCUGAAGAAGAAAACGGGAUUCGGAACAGGCCUGUAACAGUGGUCCGUUCUGUCUCCACCGCACAAGGUGCCACCGCCCCCUCUCAGUUUUCUGUCUUUGUGGCAGCCGAGCCCGCGUGCGUCGCCUAUACUCCGGGGAGUGCGUACCCAUGUGCGUUGGCAUCGACGUCGAAAGUGAAUCCAGCUUCGCAGUUGUCUUUUGCCAUGGGAUGCGCGAAAGGCUUGCUCAAAAGAUCCCGAGUUCAACUGCACGAGUCAAGUGCGCCAGCCAGUUGCAUUCAGGGAGCGGUCGUGGGCAGACGAGAAAGAUCCAAAGCACGAUGGGAAAAGCAAAUGCAUAUGCUGCAGCUGGAGGCCGUUCUGCGAAUGCGGACGGGUCCGUAUCCCGCUUUUCUCAAGCCCACUCCUCUGGCUGUCGUCUGUCGGAAGCUCUCCGAUAUAUGGGACGAAACAGAUGACUAGACAGUCAAAUUGGAAAUGCGCAAGACAAGUUCAGGAGACGCGUUCACUUUGUGAUUUGAGAUACAAGUUCCCCACGAGAAAACGCACGUGACUACCGCGCUAGGCAUUCUACCAAGGGAGCUUUCUCAAAAUCUCACUUUUUUCGCCAAGUGCCUUUCGCAUUGAAGCGUGUAUAUGCAAGUACUGUUUACUGAGGGAAUACCAGUUGGACCGCUGCCGCUCACAUGUCGGACAGUGCGCUGAUGUGAAGCCGUUUUUCCGCUGUGUAAAGGCGUGUACACGAGAUAAGCCUACCUGAAUCUUCACCAAAAGAGUGGUGAACGCAUCGUAGGCUCGCAUGUGUGAGGACAGAGGGCAGUGACACAUCGUUCCAGAAGUGUUGUUACAGGGACGUGCUUGAAGUGGU